AUGCUUUUUGACUUCCUUUGCCAGCUCCACGACAUCUCCGAGAAGUGCGGUCAACUCAUCCACCAGCCCGUCCAAGGUCUCGUCAAAGUCCGUGACGACGGCAGGUGCCGGCUCUGCCUCUUGAAUCUGGUUGAGGUUUUGACUCGCGGCAUAACCGGGCAUCUUGCAAAAGAAGCAAGGAUUCAAGCACAAGACGCUCACGGGGGAAGCGCUCGAAAGAAGCUCCAGGAUGUCAGAGAAAACAUCGUGCUAUCCAUGCAGCGCGUGUUCGACGGCCGUGUUAGGGCCACGUUUGACAAGUUCAAGCCGUACGACAAGUUCGAGAUAACAGCUGUGACAACUGAUGGGGCCACAGCCAUCGACUUUGACGGCAGGGUCGCCAAGAACAAGGGUAGCAUUACAAAAGAGAAGCUCCAGGAACUUUGGGAGCAACAUGUUGAUGGUCGGCCGGUGACGGAAAAAAUCGUGGCGGAUUUCAAACCCCUGGCCGACUACACGCCUACUAUCAAGGAAAAUGCCCAGGGGCAGAUAGACAUGCAAGAGACAUUCGCCAACGCCAUUGCCGAGAAUCCUUGGAUCAAAGCGUCUUGGUUCAGAUGGAAAUACCUACAACGUGUCAGGGGCAGCCACCAGGAAAACAUCAAGGAGCUCAGGACGGCGCUUGAAAGCAUUGAGCCACUCGUGUGCGUCAAGCCCGAAGCUCGCAAGCGCGAGGUGGGAAGACUGGACAGACGACAGAGCAGCGAUGCCUGCUUUCCCUGGGAAUUUCCCGAGCUGAAGGAAAUUGUAGACCUCCCACCGGCUACGGAGGGGUCAGAAGGAGUGACGAGUCCCGAGACUCUUGUGGCAGAGGAGGGAGCCGCCACUGACCACUUCGUCGAAAGGGCAAAGAGGGCCAACCAGGUGUCGGUGGAGGAGUUCGAUAAGACCAUUGGAGAACGCCGGCCCAAGAUACCAGACUCGUGGGAGAAGAAGGGGGCCACGACGUUCAACGAAGUUCGGCAGCGGCUCGGAUACAAGGCACUGGAGCCUACUUCGCCGGAACUGGUCCCCGGAAACGGCGGCAUGGCUUCUGGUACUCUUGAAAGCUUGGGCGGAGCGGUUGGGAGUGUCCUGUGGGUGAAGGGCAUCGUUCAGUCCUUGCUGUCGGAUAGCACUGCUUUGGACAAGCUCGCCUGCCUUUACGGCUAUUAUCCCCUUUAUAGUUAUACAGACCCAACCCAGUCUUUUGCUGCCAAGCUGGAGAGCGCUUUCGUAAUUGGUACUGUAAGCGUGCUGUCCGAGGCCGCCCAGAGAAUUGGCGCGUUAAAUGCGAGUGGCUCGCCCGACCUCCACGGUUCUAAUGCGUUGGGCGGCGAGGGAGAGCCAAUCGACCUGGCCGAGCUCGAAACCGGAACCCAGAAAGCUAUUUAUAGGAUCCAACAAGACAAGUGGCAUGUGGUUGCGCGCCGACAGCGCGAGUUUCUCUUAGGCAUCCCGCAAGAGUUCGCGAAUGGUAAAGCCUUCUCGGUGUCAGAGCUGGCCAAGGAGCUCAAUAACAAGCUCAUCGAGCAGAUCAAUGAGGCAACGUUUAUCCGGAAUUAUCCUGAUCGAGGCACAGCCGACGAUUCUGUUGGCGCUUGGCUCGGCGGUCCAUUGACCCAGCCUGCUGACCCUUAUUCCGAGGCUCGCGCGCAGAUGCAGGAGACUGCAUUAUUCCUCCAGGGUCGUCUCAAGGAAGAGGAGCUUGAUGAUUCUAUCUCCCCCGUUGAUAACCUCGACUUGCUCAAGGGACUUCGACUUGUUGCUGCUAUGAAGCUCGGCAGGAUAUAUGAAGUCAGAAAGAUUGAGUAUCUGGACAAUUACUACACCGACAACCCGUACAUCCUAAGCCCUACAGCACCUCCGCUAAUCAUCAAUCCGUACAUUCCCCCCGUUGGUGUGCUAGAUUCUCCGUAUAAUUAUUUUCUCGUGGGUCUAGCUAUCGGGCUCAUGGACGGCGUGAGCGGCAAUGACUUGAGAGACGAGGUGACGCAGUAUCUGAAGACCGAGACGUGGGGAAUCCGGCUAAAGAACUGGCAGGCAAUGCAAAAGAAGAUCAAAGCAAUGCGGAAAAUUGUGACCAAGAUGUCCCAGCGACAAUACACCGGUCCCCUAUCACCUGAAGAGUUCCUGAGCAAGCACCUGAAGACUUGUCGCAGUUUGGACAGUUUUUAG